UUAGUAAUCAACUUUUGUUUACUGUCUACAGAACAAACAAGGGAAUCAUGUGUCCGGAAAUAGGAGGAUGUCAUCUCCCAGCAAAUCCCAGAAACCGGCCGGAAACAACGCAUGGUUCAAGUCAUUGGACAGAUUCGGCAAGAAAAACAAGAGAUCGAAGACGUUCACGUCGGGCAGUGAAAAUGAUGACGAGAUCAGGGUGCACAGGGUGAACGAUCGGAACAAUUCGAAGGGGACGACCCGGUCGUACCACAGCGUGGGAAACCUCAACUCUCUGGACAUGGACCAGUCGCCCAGGCUGACUGCCGACAAGAGGCACUCCCUGAUAGACAGUUCAGCGGGCAGCACCACCGAGGGCGACAGUAGUCAGAAAUCGCACAAGUCCACGGUCUAUCUUCACGCAACCACGGUAGGAGAAAUACCAGAAUCGCGACAGCUGCACCAGUCCGUGUUCGGGGCAAAGAGCAGGCGGGCGGCCAGCCGCGAGGAGCUGUCUUCGCGCAACGACGCGUUCGGCGGGGCCCAGAAGCGCACGCUGUCCCGAUCUGUGUCCGUGCUGGCGCCGUGGGCCCCGCGGCACAGCGAGGGCCGGACCGUGGACUACGACGAGCGCGGCCGGCCGCCCAGGGCGCCGUCGUCGGGCAGACACGGACCAGUCAAGGCCACCAAGAGCGACCCGGAAGAGUCAGCGGCGGCGGGCGCGGGCAGGCCCACGUUGGCGGCCCGGACUAAGAACCGGCAGCCGAAUCGGGCCAGUUCGGGCGAAGAAUCGUCGUUGCUGGACGAAGUUAUCAUCCGGACCACCAGCCGCACAGGCAAGCUCAUCAAGGACGACCGUUCCACGUCCCGGCAGAUCGGCAGGUCCAUGUCGUCGGCGAACAGGUCAGCCGCGGGAGGCACGUUGACACGGGUCAAGACGAAAUCGUAGUGGACAAAGUGGUCGACGACGAAAACAACGACAAUAAUAAUAAUAAAAAUAAUAAUAUUCAUAAUAAUAAUAUAAUAAUAAUAAUAAUAAUAGCAAUAAUAAUAUGUAAUAAUAAUGAUAGUAAUAAAAUAUAAUAAUAUAAUAAUGAUGAUGAUGAUGAUGAUAAUAACGCAUACAAAUAAUAAUAGGUAUAUACAUUUUGCAAGUAACCAUCCUGCCGCCGAAAAAGAAACAAAGAAAAAAAGUUACACCAAUAAUUAAUUAUACUUACCUAACAAGUUCGGCGCAGGUGCACUACCUGCAGCUGGCGAAGUUAAAAAUAUUUUUGAUUUUCCAGUUUCACGGGUGGUUUUCGUGCGAUUAAUAUUACAAUAUAUUAUGUUGUGAUUAUUAUGACCCUUAACACUUUUCAAUAACUGCCAUUGGGUACCAGCUGGUUGGCGUAAUCGCAUUUGUCAUAUUAUAUUAAUAUUGUAUUAAUUGUUAUACGGCAAAGGGGAAAAUAGUGAAGCGUUUCCUAAUUAUCAAGAAAAUUGAAAAACAUGUUAGGAAUUUAAUAUAUUUUUUUUAACAGCAAUUUAUUUCGUUUACUAGAAAAUUCGGAUUUUUUUUAUUCGUACGUCCUUAAUUUUAAUUAUUAGUUAAGUGCAUACGACAAUUAUUUCUAAUUUGAAUGCAUCUGCUUUAUGAUUUUGGUGCUCAUGUCCUAUUUUUUUCUAACAUUUCACGGUUUUUAUUUUGCCCACAGCAUGAAUCGUUAUAAAGAAAAAUCUACUUAUGAACUUUUUUAUUUUACAAACCAUAUUGGUGUAUGCACGUGACUAUUGCUUUACAUCCCUAACAUCCCAUAUCCAUUUGUUUCACGCCACUUAAGUUAGCUGUAGCUUGUCUCCAAAAAAUUGAACUUGUCGUUUGUUCUCUAUAUAUUAUUUUCGUUUUGCCCCAUUUUUUGAGCAGACAAACAUAAAGUGAUGUCUACAUCACAAAUUUGGAUUUAUAUUGCUUCUUAAAUAAUGGCAGUCGCUUUUUUUCGCACGUGUGCAUUUUGGGAGAAACAUAUGUUUUCGUACGUAUUUACAUACGUAUUCGUGAGCCAAUAGUUACCAGCGCAAAGUUUUAUUUUCGGAUCAUUCUGUGAGCACAAUAUUAUUACAAUACCACAACGCGAGAUAUUAUCAUCGCCCGGACGACUAGCUAG